AUGAAUCUUCCUCUCUUCUCUUCUUACCUAUUUAUUCCAUCAUUAUUUUUAUUAUUCAUAUUUUGUUUAGUUGAUUUGGCUAGUUGUCAAUUUUCAGUUUAUCGCAUUUUACCCAAAAAUCAGCAGGAUUUUAGAAUUAUUCAGAAUUUGUAUAAAAAUGCCACAGAAUAUGAUGUGAGUUGGGAUAAUUCUGGAAAAGGGUAAACUGAAGUUGGGACCGGAAAUCAGAUUUGGAUUUGGACAUCUUGAGAAUCAAAUUCCAUUCUCAAGUUUUCUGAAUUGAGCAUUUCUAAAAAAAAGUUUGAAAGAUUCUAAUUUUUUUUCCUAAAAUAGCCUAAGUCUAAGGCUGAUCUAAGCCAAACCUUACCUUUAAAAAAUCUAAGCCUAAGGCUGACCGAAGUUGAGCCUAACCUAAGCCUGGCCUAGCCUAAGUUUAACCUAAGCCUAAGCCUGGGGAGGCUGACCUAGGACUAAUCUAAGCCUAAGCCUAAGGCAGACCUAAGCCUAACCUGAGCCUAAGAAAAAUCUAAGCCUAGUCUAAGCCUAGCUUGAGGCUAAGCCUAAAAACCUAAGCCUAACAUAUACCUAGCCUAAUUUUAAGGUUUAACCUAAGCCUAACAUAAGCCUAGCCUAAUUUUAAGGUUUACCUAAGCUUAAGCCUAGUUUAACCCAAUCAUGACCUAACCUAGCUUAAGCCUAGCCUAAGCCUAUCCUAAGCCUAGCAUAAGCCUAAACCUGAGCCUAGCCUAACCUAAGCCUAAGCCUAGCUUGAGCCUUGUUUGAGCCUAGCUUGAGCCUAGCCUAAGUCUAAUUUAAUCCAAGCCUAACUUAAGCCUACCCUAAGCCUAAGCCUGAGGAGGCUGACCUAAGCCUACCCAAGCCUAGCAGAAGCCUAAUAAGCCUAAAGUCAAUCAUUUUUUUCUGAAAAUAAUUUUUCAGGCUUUGUUUAGGCUCAAUAAAAGUACUCAAAAAUCAGUAAAAUGUUCGAAAUUCGAUUAACCUGAAAUUAAAAUGCGAAUUUGAAAAUUUAUGAAAUUUUUUUCAGGAUUUUAAUUUCAGGUACACUAGAACUAAAAAUCCAAGAUAUGAAUCCCAAAAAUCCCCCGAAUUUUUUUUGCAGCUCAAUUUUUGGAAAACGGGCAAAGACAAGCAUAGUUUCUGGGAUGUGAUGGUCGAUGCGAAAAACGAAAAUUUCCUCCGCCAAUUUUUAUCGAAUCACACAAUAUCACACAUUAAAACGAUAACAGAUGUUGAAAGGUUGGUUUUCGAUUUCGUUUUUUCAGUUUUCCUAAUUCGAAUCAUGACAUAAUCAAUUAAUCGUGUUCCAGUCUAAUCAAUCGCCACGAAAAAAGUGCAAAUACUAGUUUUUCUCGCCGUUUAUUCGAUGAUUCGAAUUCAGCUCAUUACGAUUUCCAUACUUAUGGAUCAUAUCAAAGAAUGACUGAUUGGUUGAAACAAUUAGUUGUCAAAUAUCCGAAAUUAGUUCAAUAUAUCACAAUUGGUAAAACGACUGAGGGAAGAUCGAUUGAUGGUGUGGAAAUUGGUGGAGAUUCGAGGACAAAGAAGAUAUUUUGGAUUGAUGGAGGAAUUCAUGCGAGAGAAUGGGCUGCACCGCAUACUGCAUUGUUUUUUAUUCAUCAGGUAGAUCGAAUUUUUAAAAUAGUUCAAGGAAACUUUUGAAGUGGGUAGAACCUCUUGAAAACUCACUACAACUUGCAGGUUACUGUACAUAAAAUUUAUACAAUUCCAGUUGACCUCUCGCUCAAAUGAACCUGGUAUCAAAAAACUACUAGAUGACAUCACUUUUGUGAUUGUUCCCUGUUUGAAUCCGGAUGGUUAUGAAUUCACGAGAUCAUCUAGUAAUCCACAUGUUCGACUUUGGCGCAAGAAUCGAUCGAAAAUGCAGUGUAGGAAAGAUAUUUGGGGAAGGAAUCGGUGUUGUCGUGGAGUGGAUUUGAAUCGCAAUUUUGAUUUUCAUUUUAGAGGUUGGUCCUGGGGGCUGAAUCCUAAAUUCAAGAGAAUCAGAACUUUCUAAAAUUAGGAAACCAUAGAUCAAUUAGAACAUUUUUUUCUAAAAAAAACUAGAUUUUUCUAAUUAAUUUAUGAUUGUCUGGGAAUGUUCUUUGAUGAUUUUUCAUUCCUUUUUUCGAAAAGGUUUCCAAAAAAAAACCUGGAACUUUUUUCACGACCUUUUACAGGGUAAAUCGGGAGAGACACAGAGAAAACGAGAAAACUUCUUCAAAAAAAAAUCCAAAACACGAAAUUCACAAAUCAUUUUAUCUAUCGUUUCGAAACCAAGCCCGGGAAACGUUUUUGAAUUCGAAAAUAUUUGAAAAACAUGCUUCCCGCGCUUGGUCUCGAAACGAGGAGUCGAACUGCAAAUGGAAUUGGUGCUUCGUAUUUCCAUUUCUCAACGUGCAAUUUUCCCUAUUUUUGAAAGACCGUGUUUUUUUACCCUUAUUCAGUCCUCCCAAUCCAUUUUUUCUCAGAAAGUGGUACCAGCGAUGAUCCAUGUUCGGAAAUCUAUCAAGGAUCAGGACCCUUCAGUGAGCCAGAAUCAAGAGCUGUUCGCGAUGCACUGCUCUCCGCAAGAUAUAAGGGAAGAACUGAGGGAUACAUAACACUUCACACCUAUUCACAAAUUUGGAUUCAUCCCUACGGCCAUAAAAAAGAUGCGUAUCCAGGUGACAUAAAAGAUCUCUAUGAAGUGGGGAAGAAGGCGGCAAAUGCUUUGAAACGCGUUUAUGGAACGAAAUAUAUUGUGGGAAGUGGAGCUGACACACUUUAUCCGGCUUCUGGAGGAUCCGAAGAUUGGGCUAAGCAUGAGGCAAAAGUCAAAUUCGUCUAUUUACUUGAGUUGCGGCCCGAUGAGAAGAGUUAGUUUAACUUAUAUGUAAAGAAGUUUUGGACAAACAAUCCUAAUUUUUCUGUAGAUUGGGACGGAUUCAUAUUGGAUGAGAAGGAGCUGAUUCCAACUGCCAGGGAGACUUGGGAAGGUGUUCGAGUUGUUGCUGAGGCUGUGGUUGAACGAGUUCAAGCAUCGAAGACGGCGACGCCGAGAGGUAGAGUUAUAUCAAGGUGCUUUUAUGGGUGGUGGCUUUUACUAACUAAUAAACUUCUGGGAAGAGAGAGAGAAAGAGAGAGAGAAAGAGAGAGAGAGAGAGAGAGAGACGCAGAGAGCGACAGACAAAGUCGUUUCGAGACCGAACGCGGGAAUUUUUUUUUUUUUUUUGAAUUCAAAAUAAUCAAGUUUCCCGCGCUAGAUUUCAAGACAAUAUAUCAAAUUUUCAAAUUUUUCUGAAUUUUUUUAAAAAUAAAAUCCUGAAUUGCUCAGGUAAAAAAAACUAUUUUUCUUAUAAUUUUAAAGGCAUUGCUCAUGUCAGAUUAUACCAUUUUCUAAAAAAAAACGGAACACAAAUUAUAUUGAUUCUCCAGCUUUCUCAUUGCUCAGAUUAGUUCGUAUCAAAUCCCGAAUUGCUCAGGUUAUAGAAAAACUUCUAGAAUUUUUAAUUUCAAAGGCAUUGCUCAGUUUAGUCUUUGUUCUCUCUAAAACUUUUGCUCAGAUUAUACAAUGUUCUAUUUUUAUUUUUUUACACCCGUUGCUCAUGUUAAGCAAGAAAAUCCGCGGGGAAAAUUCAGAAUUUCAGACUGAUUUUUUAGACUUUAAAAAACAAAAUCCCGAAUUUGCUCAAAAAUUUUGAAAUUUUUAAUUUUAAUUAGGCAUUUCUCAGGUUAGUUUUUCUUCCUUUCUUUCAAAAAAUCCCAAAACUCCCGGGAAGAAAUUUCCCGUUUCAAAAAAUUCCCAAAAUUCAAAAUUCAAAAAUUCUAGCAUAACUUUCUCAGAAGCCUAGAAAAUUGUUCUUUUUUUCCCAGUUUGAGAAUUAGAUUUGGACUAUUAAAUUAUUUACACACCGUGAUUGGGAAAGCUUCAGAAUUUUCUAACACUCUGUAUUCAAAAAAAACCUCCAAAACUAAUUUCCUAAAUUUCCAGAAGCGCCCAAAGCUCGCGGCUUUCGAUUCGGCGACGGGACGGAAGGCUCUUGCUUUGACAUCCGACACGCCUGUAAACGAUGGGUUCAGGAACGUGAAGAGCUAUGCAAAACGGUUCCAAUAUUCAUGCGUGAAAACUGCGCAUAUUCUUGCUCAUUUUGCUAA